GGCAACGCUGCAUUGUUUAUUCAACUGCCGCACUGAGCAGUUUUUGGACUUUUUCAAUUUUGUUCUUUUUUUUAGUGUUUUUGCUGUUUUAAACCAUGAACAAGGCAGAGUCAUCUGCGGAACGGUUUGCGCCAGAAUCUAUUCUGAAACCGGACGAAGAGGUGGCAGAGGCUUCAACGGCCAGCAGGAACCAGACCUCCGUUGGAGAGCAAAAACCGGAGACCAAAUCGAAACCGGACUCGCCAGAAGAUGAGCUCAUCUCCUUGGAAACGCUGCGCGCCUCGCCUGUCCAAUGGCCGGAGCGAUUUCCCGGAAUGGACGAGUUCCUCACCAUGAGCGACACGCCCAUCUACACGCGCACUACGGACUACGCCAACAACCUGACCAGCGAGGACAUGGCCAAGAUCAAUCAACUAUCGCAGCUUACUCCCGAGGAGCUGAUUGAGAAGAUAAAGUCCAUGCACGACGAGAUUUAUCAGUUGGGACUGCGAGAGGCUAAGGAGAUGACACGCGGAAAACUGUUGGGCAUCUUUGACCGGGAGCGCAUUCCGAAGCGGCAGCCAUGAGCCACGAUCAUCUGAUCCCUGUAAGUGGGCCUCCUUAAAAUCGGGUCGAUCUCUAUCUAAGAAUGUUUUUGUACAUAAAGCUAAUUUUAAAGUAAGAAGUGCUCGUACAGAAUGUAACACAAUUUUACAAGGAUAAAGAAGCGCUUGAACAGUAA